AGCUGGCUGCUCAGCUGCUCCCCGGCAUUUUUGAACUUUAGGUACCUCGUAUAACCGAUGACGUCAAUAGGUACCUAGACCUAAGUUCUAACUACCUCCUAUUGUACAUAAUGAGAGAGGUACCUGGUUUUAUGUAAAGUUAUGUACAUACGUCCGAACUAAAAUCGACAAAGUCCGGAAUAAUUCCCGUUUCCACUCGACUGGGAUUUGACUUGAAUUCUUUUGGUUUUUUUUUUUCUCUCCCUAGCUUUUCCAAUCACACUAAUCUCAACGUCGUCCUAUCCGUGUGGCUGAUUCUAGCAAGCUAGGGGGUAACGUAACCCCCCCUUUUAAUUCAAUCCAAUCCCAUUCUCUCAAGUCUUACAAAGCCUUACAAGGCUUGUCUUAUUCUCGAAUUCACCUUACCUCGUUCGUAUGAUUCUACUACCCAAGUAAGAAAUCCAGCAGAAAACAGGAAGGAAAAAACCCUGUUCGCGUUCUAUUCUUCGGAGUCCGGUGCUGCCGAAACGACAGGUCUAGCGGCUGUUCUGGCUGCUACCGUUGGUAUUUCGCUUCCGAAUAAUGACUGCAUGUUACCAGUACACGAUCUGCGCCGUUCGAAUUUGCUGCUAGUUAGCAUAGCAUGUGCAGCUUUUUCGUCACCGGGGUGAAUGCGGCUUUAUUAAGACAUUAAAGACAAAAAAACUAAUAUGGCGUCCUUGAUUAAUAAGGCGCGGAAGCCGAAAUUCGAGCUUCAUCUCACCAUAUACGACCUGAAUAAUGUACCCUUAGUUGCCGGUACCUCCACGGUAAAAUGGUACCUUCCAAACUCGAUUCACGGCGAGCAUCGCGGCCGUACGGCCAAGUGCUCUAUCGACAAGAUCAAUCACCGCGUCGUAUAUAAUUAUUCUAAGAUUAUACCUCUGCGCAUCUCCAUCGAUCGCAACAACAACUUGACCGAAUGCCCUAUCGAAUUCGAGGUUCUCCAGGAGUUUCCCAUGGUCCCCGGUGGUCGCGACGAGAAGAUUCCCCUCGGCGUUGUCAAAUUAAACCUGAGCGAAUACGUCGAAGAGAGCGAAAACUUCCCUCGCCGGAGCAUGGCCCCGCGAGCCAGCGCAAGCCUAGAUCAUCCGCGAGAGAAGAUCGGACAAGGCAUGUCGCACCGAAGACAAAGCAGCAGCAAAUCGGGUAGUAGCCUUCCACCCGGGGCCGUGGGAGGGGCUAGUCCCACAAGCACGACAGCGCCGCCAUUACCGCACCCCGAGGAAAACGACAUCGUGGACGAGGAAGCCGAAGAGGGCAUCGUCCGGCGAUACCUAAUGCAAGAAAGCAAGAUUAACAGCACGCUCAAGGUUGGCAUCUUAAUGGUACAGAUCGACGGCGAGCGCAAUUACGUCGCACCUCCCCUCAAGACGGCCCCUAUGUUCGGCGGCAUAGCCGGCAUCAUGGCGGGCAGCGAGCAGGUCCCGGUCGACGCAUCCGAAGACGGCUCCCCCGCGGCCCCCAACAAUGCCAACGCCAAUGCCAACACCAAGAGCAAUGCCGGCUCCCUCGGCAAGUCGCGCGAGGCCUCGGAGCUCCAGGACAUGUACCGCCGCGCGCUGGCCGCGAGCUGGGCCUGCCAGCCCGGCGAGCUGCCGGCCGACGAGUGCAUCGAGGACAUCUUCUCGGGCGGCGACGGGUGGAGCGACCAUACCUCGCGCCCCGGCCCCGUCAAACCUCCCACCCGCCGCCGCAGCCGCCUCUCCCACUCCGGGUCCGUCGCCAGCAGCGCGAGCAAUAACAGCGGCAACGUGAGCGACGACGAGGGCGCGGGCGGUAACACCCUGCGGCCCGCCGACGCACGUCACAUGCGCCCGCACCACGCGCGCACGCGCAGCAACGGCAGCGACCACGGCUCCCUGACGCUGAACGGCGGGGGGGUGCGGAGCAGCAGUAAUAGCAGCCGUCAGGAAGGCGGAGGCGGAGGUGGACGACACCCUCGGUACCACCGAGGACAGCACGAAAAGCCGCUUAAAGAGGACGGCGGUAUGGACGCCGCGUCGGAUGGCGGGCGCAGCCGCAGCGGGAGCUUGACUAGCCUGGCGCCGACGCUCGGUAGCGACCGCGGCCGCGAGGGGUUCCGGCGGCCGAGGGAAGUAGACGAGUACGAGGAGCGGGAGGACCUGGUCGCUUGGACGUUACCCGAGACCGUUGCGUAAAUAAGGUUAAGGUUGCGUCCGCGUCUCUGCGUCCGCGUGGUGUAUGUGUAUGUGUAUGUGGCGUUCGUGCCAAGGUACACGUAGCAAGCAUAUUUAUAUUCGUCGGGAAAAAAACAUUACAUAGCGUGGGGGAAUCAUCUUUUUUUUCUUUUUUUCUCUUUACAUCCAGGCGUCAUUCCAUUGGACCUUAUCUUAUUUACGCCUGGUGUACUUUCAAUUCGCUCGACACACGUGAACUCGUGGUUGAGAUGGAUACCUACCUAGGCACUUAAAGCUUCGUAUUCUAGACGUGGGAAUUGCAUAUAUCUAUCUAUCUGAUAGAUAGGUAGGGAAUAGGGAUAGGGUGGGAUAGGAUUGGCGUUAAUAAAUACAUACAUACACACAUAUACAUUCGGUUAGGUAUACAUUUAUUUAAACAUUAGUAGGUUGGUUGAUAUAUACCAGCUGCACAAAACAAGUUGUUAGAUUAGGAGGAACCUUAGGUAGAAUAAUUCACGGAAAGUACCGCGCGCAUUUUGA